AUGCUUUCAUUCUUUCUUUCUUUCUUUUCUUUCUUUCUUUCUUUCUUUCUUUCUUUCUUUCUUCUAUUCAUUUUCGUCCUCUUUCUUCCUUUUCUUAUUCUUCUUUCUUUCUUUCUUGCUUUCUUUCUUUUCUCCUCUUCUUUCUUUCUUUCUUUUUCUUUCUUUUCUUUUUCUUCUUCUUUCUUUCUUUUCUUUUUCGUCCUUUCUUUUCUUCUUCUUUCUAUUCAUUUUUUUUUUUGUUUUCCUCUUUCCUUCUUUUCUUCUUCUUUCUUUCUUUGUUUUAUUUGUUUUCGUCCUCUUUCCUCCUUUUCUUCUUUCUUUCUUUCUUUCUUUCUUUCUUUUUUCUUUCUUUCUUCUAUUCAUUUUCGUCCUCUUUCCGUUUUUUCUUCUUCUUUCUUUCUUUCUUUUUUUCUUUCUUUCAUUUGGUUUCGUCCUCUUUCCUCCUUUUCUUCUUUCUUUCUUUCUUUCUUUCUUUCUUCUAUUCAUUUUUUUUUUCUUUUCUCUUUUCUUUUUUAUUUGUUUUCGUUUUUCCUCCUUUUCUUCUUUCUUUCUUUUUUCUUUGUUUUCGUCCUCUUUCCUUUUUUCUUCUUCCUUUUUUUUAUUAUUUGUUUUCUUCUUUCCUUUUUUUCUUUCUUUCUUUUCUUUCUUUCUUUCUUUCUUCAUUUUUUCGUCCUCUUUCCGUUUUUUCUUCUUUCUUUCUUUUCUUUUUAUUUGUUUUCGUUGUUUUCGUCCUUUUCUUUCCUCCUUUUCUUUUCUUUUUUUUUUCUUUCUUUUUUCUUUCUUCUACUCAUUUUCGUCCUCUUUCUUUGUUUUUUCCUUAUUCUUUCUUUCUGUCUUUCUUUCUUUCUUUGUAUUUUCUUCUUUCUUUUCCUCACCUUUGUCUUCUUUUUUCUUUUUCUUCUACUUUUUCUUUCUAACAGUUCCUUCUUUUCUCCUCCUUCUUUCCUUCUUUUCUAUUCAUUUUCGUCCUCUUUCCUCCUUUUUCUUCUUCUUUCUUUUCUUCAUUUAGCCUUCUUUUUUCUUUUUCUUCUACCUUGUUUCUUUCUAACCGUUCUUUCUUUUCUCCUCUUUCUUUCUUACUUCUUUUUCUUUUGUUGUCGUUGUGUGCCUAUGGGCGCCUAUGUGCGUGUGUGUGCGUGCACUAGCUCAUACCAUUCAUAUCUAUCUAUCUAUCUAUCUAUCUAUGACGAUUCCUUAAAUUUCCUAUCCCGUCCCUCCGUCCAACAGAAGCGUCGAUAA